CCAGGCUCCUAUAUAAAUAUUAUUCAUUGAAAAUUCAAUCAUGUACUUAAAAAAUUUUUUUUUAAUUUUUUAGUUGGAAGAUAUUGCUUUACAAUGCUGUGUUGAUUUCUGCUGUACAACAACGCAAAUCAGUCAUUAUGUAUAUAACCCUUCCCUCUUUUGCCUCCCUCCCCUGGUCCCAUCCCACCCCUCUAGGUCAUCACAGAGCUCCACGCCAGUCUCCGUGUAAUCGUGUAUUUUGAUUUCAUUCUUUCCUGGACUCUGAUUUUCUUGGAGACUCUGACUCCUUCUGUUCCCCUUUUGCCCCGUGGCUGGCAUCGUACUGAUGGCUAACAUCUGAGCGCUCACUGUGUGCCAAGCUUUGUUCCAGGCGCCUCGCAAGCAUUCUCAAGUGACCCUCCUGACAACUCCAGGAAGCAUGUGCAUGCGUUGCUAUUAUGUUACACUCCAGGAAGUACAGACUGUGGGAGGUUAAACAAACUGGCCCGCGAUUCUGCCUAAUAACGGGCAGAGGCAGGAGUUAAAUCCUGGUCAUCUGACCCUAGGCCCCAUGCUCAUAACAUUUUACAUGUCUUUAACUCUAUUAUAUUUCAUAAUGUCUGUAGUAUUUCUUUGAUAAAUUCCUUUCCUCUUUCUUUCCUUUCUCCACCUGAACUCCAGUUAAUUAGAUGUAGGACCAGCUUAAUCCACUGUCUCUCUUUCUUUUUUCACCUAAUGUACACAUCUUCAGCUUUCAGUUCUGUUUUCUGGAAUAUUAUCUUAUUCCAGAUAAGAUAAUAUCUUCCUAUCCCUGUAUUGGAUUUUUAAAUGUUAACAUUCGUAUUUGUAAUUCCCAAGACCUUUUAUUCUAUGCUUGUUCUUUUUCCACAGUACUCUCUUCUUUUUCAAUGGAUGGAAGAAUCUUUCACACUUUUCUGUGGUUACUAAUGAGAGCCUUUUUUGAAACUUUCUUGUUUCUUUAUUCCCUGUUUCUGCCACAAUAUAUUUCUGUUUAUUUGUUUUGGGCUCCCCUUUUUAUCUUGGGAGCUUUCUCUGAAUACCUGGUGAUCCCUUUUUUCUGUGCAUAUUUCAGAAUAAGGCACUGAAACCUGGCUGGUGGGUUGAGGCUUGUUGAUCGCUUGGCUCUGUUGAGGAUCAGAUGAUCCCCAGAGCAUAGCACUGUUGUACUGUGGACCGCUGCAUCUCUUCAGAAACAGAUCUGUGAUCUGCAGGGAAUGGGGGGCAGGAGAAGAGUCACGGCUUUGAAUGGACUCCUCAGCCUUGAGUUUCUGCUCCCCUCUUCCUCCAACUGGGAUCUCAGGGUCCACAUGCCUCUCUAAGGUUCUUCAGGAAAAGCUGGCUAUCACCAUUAAGACAUUGGAAGACUCUUGAGGUUCAGUGCACACUGACCACAGCCUCUGGCAAACAGAGGUCUGUGCCUUUCUGGGAGUGGACUGGCUGCCAGUCAUCACCCAGGAAAGAUGAGGUGUCACUGAACUUGCUACUCUGUGACCAUCCAGCUUGGUUGCCUCUUCUCUGACCUGUGUUCUCUUGACUUGGUGGGUGGAAUGCCUCCCCUGUCCUCUGGGCAGGCACCAUUGCCCCAAAAGAAUUGCCCAUGGCUCUUGCUGUGCCCUCUAACUGAGGGAGCUGGAGAGAAGCCAUGCACCCGCCCUCAAAAAACCGAUGUGCUCAUAAACUCAUUUCUUCUGGAGGCUGAGAAAUGAAAGGGCUUCACAGUUGGUCCUGUUCAUCAAGGAGGCCUAAGGACUUGUCCUGUCAGCAUAUUCUGAGCUUUCUGCCAGAGGCUCCUAGAGUUUACUUCUGGGAAUUGUGAGGGCUUCUUGCCCUCUGCUCAUCUGAUUGUUCUGGGAAACCCCAGCUGCAGCCUCCUCCUUCCACUUUCUCCCAGGGAUCAGCCCAGCUGCCUGUUCCUAUUGGCGCCUCCUUAGUUCAUUCCUUCUAUAUAGUUGCCUUGAAUACCUACAUCCCAGGCAUGUUGGUGUGCUGGGGAUCAUGGCAAGCCAAAGGGGUGCUGUUCUGGGCUCAGGGGCCUUCAGAGUAGUUCUGGAACAGUGGAUGACACAGCAGACACAUUCACAGUAAACCCGCUGACUUGCAAUUACUUGUCACUUAAGGGAGACCAGGGGCGAAUCCUUUUGCAAUUCGAAUAAUUAGCUUUUUGAUAUAAAUAGAUGUCUGGGACACUUACUUGUGACCAUUGUGUUCAUCUAGACUUUCAAAAUAUCUUUCCAGACUUUAUUAACCCAGGACUUGCCUGGAAGCAGGCUGCUCUGAGAUCUCUAGAGCAGCGGUCAUAGUGAAGCAGCCUGUGCCAAGCAUUGGUGGGAACGGUCUCCCAGAGACAGUAUCUAUCUCUUUAGACUGUGGGGACUUCCUUUCACAAAGAUUAUCAGGACCUACUGAAGGACAUUGUGCUGAGUGUUAGACUUCCAGAGCUUUCUCUAGGCGGACAUUUCCCAAGGUUGGGUCCAGGCAACCGCAGUUCCACAGGGAAGUGUUCAGCAGGAAGUGCGGGGAAGGAGUGAGUCCCUGGUCGGAUGCUGAUUUCUUUCUGUGGCAGAUGACUGCUGCUGAGGUACAGAGUGAGUCCCCAGCAGUGUGCCCCAAAUUUCUUUUUCCAAGGACAGUUUAUCUGUGUGUUUUAAAUCACAGUAAAUGUAACAGACCAGUGCUCUUUGGAGCAUGCUCUGGGCCAUUCCACCAAUGACACAUGGUCUGUGCUCCCAGAAACAGACCUGGCUUUCUAUAUGGGCUGCUAAAGGCAGUUGUCCUGACAGAGGAGGGUGGCGAGGGGUUUGUGGUCAGGCUGCCCACUGCGUUUACCACUCACCUGCAGCUUCAGACAGCUAAAUGAUCCCAAGGUGCUUUUAGACGUCAGAGUUCCAGGUCGAAUUUAUUCUCAUAAUUGCUUUCAUUCAGAAGGAGAGGGUUUAAGGGGAUGCUAACGCUCACCUCCCUGCUGCCGGCCUUCACCAGAGAUACGCUGUCUUCAGGAGGUUGUGUGCCUGGGGCCACCUUGGACAGAGUCCCUUUCCGGCCCUGCUUUCUCUCUAUGAAGACCUGGAGGCACGUGGUGCCCGUGGACUGCUCCCUGGCAGCCUCAGGCACUAGGGGACCCCCCUUGUACCCCACCUUAGUGUCAGCUUGAGCGUGUCCUUUUGUCUGCUGUAUUAUUGAUGUUUCUGUGAAAGUUUCAUUUGAACCAAGGGUUUGUGAUGCUAAAACAUUUGGAAACCACUGGAAACAUGGGUCCCCUUGCUCUCUGAGGCCCUACUGUGUCUGUUUCAGUUUUGCAGUUUACAGACUGAAUGCCUGAUGCCUGUGUAGUCAUCCUUGUGGGAGAAAGGGGUGGCUGGCAAAUGGUCCCCAGAGGGCUCUGCAAGGAACAUGGCCUGCAUGAUGGCGCUUGGGGAGUAACCUAGGCCCUCGCUAGCCCCUCACUUCUAUUUUUAGGUACAGGUGAUUAGUGUCUGGGGGCCCCAUGUGGGGAGGGACAUGCACACCCGCCUCUACAGCAGCCUAAACACCUUUGCGGUAUCAGCAAAGUAGGGGCAACAAAAUUUUGUUUUUAAUUUGCAAAAGAAUCAAAUUUUUUCAUCAUGGCAAAGAUCAGAACUCUGUUGAAUGGCCUCACAUUUCUUCCUGUUUUGGUCUUGCUUCUUAUUGUGAAUUGGGUGUGUAUGUGGUUUGUGUGGGAGCCACGUACUUCUCAGUGCUUUGGGUCUCUUAAGUCCUUACUCUGCCCUGGUGCUCCUUAUAGAGUCCAGCUUUUGGGACGUUACCUAAAGGAUUCCUUUUCUUCUAACCUUUAGUUUCAGCUACAUGAACGCCUGCCUGUCCUGGGCAGAUUCUUAAAAUAUUUGCCCAUCAGCAGCCUCUCAGAAAGGAAUGUUAAAUGCUGCCAUGAUGUCAAAGGGGCCCCGAGGAGAAGGGCCUGGGCCAAGCCCAGCCUGUCACUCAUGGCCACGGCAGAGUGGGAGAUAAGCAAAGGCAACGGCUUGUAGAAAGCCUGGUCCUCUGGGCUCCCUGAACAACCCAGGCAGUCCCUAGCUCAAGAACAAUGAACUUCCAGACACCACUGCCCAAGUGAAAGCCAGAGGUCUGUGGCUCUUCCGAAUCUUCACCCUUGAAGAGUCUUCAUCAGGAUGUCAGGAGCCCCUAAGGAGAGUUUGGGGCCCCAGGGGCUACCGGGGCUGGGCAAGGCCUGUUUAACCACCAUGGACAAAAAGCUCAACAUGCUGAAUGAGAAGGUUGACAGACUGUUACAUUUCCAAGAAGACGUCACGGAGAAACUGCAGUGUGUGUACCGAGGCAUGGGCCACCUGGAGCAAGGCCUGCACCGGCUAGAGGCCUCCCGCGGUCUGGGCCCGGCUGGGGCCGACCGCUCCCCACCAUCUGAUGCUCAGGCUGGGUGGCCAGAGGUCCUGGAGCUGGUGCGGGCUGGGAGGCAGGAUGCCGCCCAGCAGGGCGCCAGGCUGGAAGCCCUCUUCCGGAUGGUGAUGGCCGUGGACAAGGCCAUAGCUUUGGUGGGGGCCGUGCUCCAGAACUCGAAGGUGGUGGAUUUCAUCAUGCAAGGGAAUGUCCCCUGGAGGAAGGGAAGCCUGGCCGACGUCCCUGAGGAGAACAAAGAGCAAGUGGAAGAGAAAGAAGCAAAACCAAAGCACACGCUGAGCACCAGAGGUGUACAAGCUGAGCUCAGGGGCCCGUGGGAAGAGAGCCAGAAGGCGGACCUGCCAGAGGGGACAGGAUCUGACCUCCCUACCCAGGCAGAGGCCCCACCAGAGCAGAGAGACGGAAUUUCUGGCCCAACUCAGGUGCGCCCAGAGGUGGAAGUCCAAGCUCCUAGAGCAUCCAGCAAGAACCCCGGGAUUGGCCUGGAACUGUCUGUGGUGUCUGAAAGGGUCAGUGAGGCUCCCACUGGGCAGGAGGCUGCAUUGAGUGCAGGACGAGGAACAUCACCCAAUAGGCCUGACCCUCGGCCCUCGGGGGAGGGCAUGAGGCUGACUCCAGCACCACCAGCUCAGGCCAAGGCAGCUCACGGUGGUGGAGAAACACCUCCAAGGAUCUCCAUCCAUGUGCAGGAGACAGAUACCCCUGGGGAGCUGCUUGUGACACGAGGGGGCAGCCUCAGAACCUCACCCCCUGCAGAGACUCCAGCAGCUGUGCCUUCAGGUGAGCAGGACCCACCUGGGCCCAGGUGCUGCCCCCAGGCCCCUGGGACUGAGUCAGGAAAACCUAUCCUCAGAGGAGCCAGUGUGCGGAAGCAGAGCUGCGACGGGGGAGCAAAGGCCAAAGAGAAGCAAGGACCUGGGUCCGAGCUGACCAUGUCGCCAAGCAGGGCCAGGAGGGACAAGGGAGCUGAUUCUGGGGCCUCAGGCCCACAGCAGGACAUGAACCCAGGAGCAGGGAACCCUGACCCUGGGAAGGACUGCACAGCUGGGGGUGCGGGCAGUGUCGAAGCAGGAAGCAGGACACCCCCAGGAGCUGAGGCGAGCAGCCUAGUAUUAGAUGACAGUCCAGCCCCGCCAGCCCCUUUCGAGCACCGGGUGGUGAGUGUCAGGGAGACCUCGACCUCAGCGGGCUACACCGUGUGCCAGCAUGAAGUCCUGGGAGGGGGCCGGUUUGGCCAGGUUCACAGAUGCACAGAGAAGGCCACAGGCCUCUCGCUGGCCGCCAAGAUCAUCAAAGUGAAGAGCGCCAAGGACCGGGAGGAUGUCAAGAAUGAGAUUAACAUCAUGAACCAGCUCAGCCAUGUGAACCUGAUCCAGCUCUACGACGCCUUUGAGAGCAAGAACAGCUUUACCCUCGUCAUGGAGUAUGUGGAUGGGGGUGAGCUCUUUGACCGGAUCACAGAAGAGAAGUACCACCUGACUGAACUGGACGUGGUCUUGUUCACCAAGCAGAUCUGCGAGGGUGUCCAUUACCUCCAUCAGCAUUACGUCCUGCACUUGGAUCUCAAGCCUGAGAACAUACUGUGUGUCAAUCAGACAGGACACCAAAUUAAGAUCAUUGACUUUGGGCUGGCCAGAAGAUACAAGCCUCGGGAGAAGCUGAAGGUGAACUUUGGCACUCCUGAGUUCCUGGCCCCAGAAGUCGUCAAUUAUGAGUUUGUCUCGUUCCCGACGGACAUGUGGAGUGUGGGAGUCAUCACCUACAUGCUACUCAGUGGCUUGUCCCCAUUUCUAGGAGAAACAGACGCAGAGACCAUGAAUUUCAUUGUGAACUGUAACUGGGAUUUUGAUGCUGAUACUUUUGAAGGGCUGUCAGAGGAGGCCAAGGACUUUGUCUCUCGGUUGCUGGUCAAAGAGAAGAGCUGCAGAAUGAGUGCCACACAGUGCCUGAAACAUGAGUGGCUGAAUAAUUUGCCUGCUAAAGCUUCAAAAUCGAAAGUUCAUCUCAAAUCCCAACUAUUGCUGCAGAAAUACAUGGCACAGAGGAAAUGGAAGAAACACUUCUACGUGGUGACUGCUGCCAACAGGUUAAGGAAAUUUCCAACUUGUCCCUAAUCCUCAACUCUGCUGCUCCCGUGGGCCUAGAAAUUACUGGGACUGCUGGUGAAAUCAUGACUGAAGAUUCUUAAUAAUGUGGCUUUCUACUUAUUUUGUUUCAAAAAUGUUACGACUGUUGCCUUCCUUGUGGAUGAAAAGUGGCUGUAAGAAAGUGACCUAAGAAUUUUUUCUGGUUUGUAAGAUCACUGAGUUGAAAUGAUGUGGUUACUUUUCAAGUGUACCUACUUUUGGUGAUAAGUAUAGGCAUGCUUUAAGUAGUAGGUAGGAAAGCUCCUCGGAGAAGGCAAUGACACCCCACUCCAGUACUCUUGCCUGGAAAAUCCCAUGGACGGAGGAGCCUGGUAGGCUGCAGUCCAUG